CCCCCGCACCGCGACCAUUGUCGCCAAGAUGCGGUCAAUGGUCGUGAGGCUGAACAAGGAAGACCUCACCAAGGAGCUGCCGUCCUUCCCCGAGGUCGAAAAGUCGAUCCGUGACGAGGCCAAGGAGCGACUGGCCAUCCUCGAGCGCAAGAAGAAGGAGAUCAGCGUCACCAAGGCCAAGGCUAGAUCUGCGCACACUAGGGCAGGGAAGCGGUCUAGAGAUAACAACGAUGGGGACAUCGAAAUGGGCGAGGCGGGGGAGAUCAGGGAUGGAAGCGUCAUAACCAACAACAAGAAGAGGAAGUCUCCCAGUCCGGGCCUUGCCGAAGCUGCGGCCGCCAGUGCCUUUGGCAGCGGCUCCGUCAACGUCAGACAGCUGCUGAAGGAGCUUCCGCUCUUCUCCAGCCUUCCCAACGAGAUCCUGCACUUCUUGGGUCUCAACUCCCAGCCCCGGUCGUACCCUCCCUUCACCGACAUCAUACACCAGGGUUCCCACGGUCGCGAUGUCUUCUUCAUCGUCGGUGGCGAGGUGGAGGUGGUCUUGGAAACGCCUCCUGAUGAGGAGACCAAGAAGAAGCAGUCGAGCCCCAAGAACAUCCAGAAUGUCAAGGCGAGGCUAAAGCCCGGUCAAUAUUUUGGAGAGGUUGUCAGCUUGGAUUUGGCUCCUAGGCGGACCGCCACUGUGCGGUCGGUGUCUUCUGUUGAGACUUUGACCAUCAGCGGCGACGUGCUCAACGAAUUCUGGCAGAUGUGCUCUCCGGACCUGCGGCGCCAGGUCGAGGCGACCGCCAAGGCGCGCCUGCAUGCUGCUACAAACACUGACACGCCCAUGCAAGAUGGUUUUGACGGCGCUCCUGCGAUCGACGAGCUGGCGAUAGCCGAUCGCGCGCCGGGCGGACCGGUUCGUGACAUUUCCCGGAGACAGAGCGUGCAGAGCAUCCCGAGCGUUACGUUCAGCGAUGGCGCUGAAUCGUCUCUCGUGACAAGGCCAAAGGAAGAGGACCCCGUGAUUGAGCCAUUUGACCCUGAUCCCUUGCUCAAUGUGGACCUUGAUAACCUCCGCUCAAGGUCGCGGCGCGCGUCGCUUGCGCCGCCGCCUCCGGGCGCCCCACCAGUCCAGGAACCGGCCCAAGAGACGUCCAAGACCGGAAAGGAAAGCAGGCUCAGGACCCCAUCCCCGAACGGCUUGUUGCCGUCGCCCGUCUUCAGGCAAGAGUCUACAUCGCCUGACCGCUCCAACUCCUACAAGCGCCCCAAGAUCAUCCGCCGGGCGAGCCGAAAGGGGAAAGGCGCCCUUCCCGAUGUCCUUCUGGUCAAGGUGUUCCAAAACCUGGACAUUUGUGAAUUGAUGCAUCUGCGACGCGUGUCCAUGCACUGGCUCAAGCUCAUCUCCUCGUCGCCCAGCAUAUUACACCACCUGGAUCUCACUCCUUACAACCGACGUGUCAACGACCACACUCUUAUGGACAUCAUCUGUCCUUUCGUGGGCAGCCGGCCUCGUGUGGUCGACGUCAGCAACUGCUUCCACGUCACGGACGAAGGCUUCUCGGCGCUAGCGACAACGUGCGGUGCCAACACGAAGAUCUGGAAGAUGAAGAGUGUUUGGGACGUUACCGGACAAGCGGUGCUUGAGAUGGUGAACAAGGCAAAGGGCCUCGAAGAGGUCGACCUUAGCAACUGCCGGAAGGUUGGCGACAACCUGCUGGCCAGAAUCGUUGGUUGGGUGGUUCCAGACUUCCCUCCCCAGAUGCUUGCAGCACAGAAGCAGGCGCAGAUGAACGGUCGCGGACGCAAGGGCCACCAGCAAGUGGUUCAACAGCUUCCUCCUGGCACCGUCGUCGGCUGCCCGAGGCUGAAGCGUCUGACACUGAGUUACUGCAAGCACAUUACUGAUAGGUCGAUGGCACACAUUGCCGUACAUGCUUCCAACAGGCUGGAGCAAAUCGACCUUACUCGGUGCACCACAAUUACGGAUCAAGGCUUCCAGCAUUGGAGUGUAUAUCCGUUCCACAGGCUCACGAAGAUUUGCCUUGCCGACUGUACAUAUUUGACCGACAACGCAAUCGUCUACCUGACCAAUGCUGCCAAGGCAUUGCGGGAACUGGAUUUGGUAAGUCGAGUAAGACCAGAACGCUUCAUGGGCACGGCCAUUCUAACCAGUACGAUAGUCUUUCUGUUGCGCCCUCUCCGAUACCGCUACCGAAGUCCUUGCUCUGGGCUGCCCGAUGCUCACUCACCUCAACCUUGCGUUCUGUGGUUCGGCCGUCUCGGACAGCUCAUUGCGCAGCAUCAGCCUGCACCUGCUGGAGCUUCGGGAGCUCUCGGUGCGCGGAUGCGUGCGCGUGACGGGCACGGGCGUGGAAGCGGUGCUGGAAGGCUGCAGCGAGCUCGAAGUGUUCGACGUCAGCCAGUGCAAGAACCUGACGAGGUGGCUGGACCAUGGCGGAAUCCAGCGGCGAGGAAGAGGCGUGCGGUUCGAGGUGGUGGCGGACGGGCGGUGGAGGACGGGAUGCGAGAAGUGGAAAAAACCAUCGGUGGUGUGACAACAAUGGUGGCAACGGAAAAAAGAUCAAGGAAAGAGAUGGAUCAAGCGCAAGCGUAAAUACAUCACGGCUGUUUGAAUACUGUUUCGAAUAUCUCGGCGCACGGAAGGCGCAAGGUCUGGGGACCAAAGACAACAUAUCGUCGAUUGCUACGGUCAUUCCACACUACAACGGUUGGGGCAGCAUGGGAUCGGAGUUUUUUCUUCUUCUUCUCUUUUUCUUUUCUUUUCAUCUCUUCUGCAUUUCCCUUUUCUUUCAUUUUUUUUUUUUUUUUUUUUUUUUUUUUUUU